UCGGGCUGAGAGCGGUCAGUGACGGGUCGUGCUCGCGGCCGGAGCGUUUAAUGGGCCUUGAGGCGGUAGGAGGGUGGGUUUCUGUGGCUCCGCUGAGGGAAGACGCGAGGGGUGGCCUUUGGGGCGGUCUAGUCGCGUUUUCGGCCCGCCUGGUUUUUGUUUUUCCCUCAGAGCUGCUGUGAGAAAUGUCCCAGCGGAAGCGCAGCAAGGGGGUUGGCUGCUCUCAGAUGACCGAUGGGGAUGAGGAUUUCCUCCCCACGCAGCAGACGCGGUACUCCCCGGACCAGGUGAACCAGAAGGCGAACGAGCUGGUUCAGUUCCUGCUCGUGAAGGACCAGAAGAAGAUCCCCAUCAAGAGGGCAGAUAUGCUGAAGAACGUGAUCCGGGAAUACCGGGAUGCCUACAUGGAGAUCGUCAGCCAGGCGGGCAGGAUUCUGCAGGAGACGUUCGGGCUGCAGCUGGUGGAGAUCGACCCCAAACUUCACAGCUACAUCCUCGUCAGCAGCCUGCCCUGUGCUGAGGCCAAUCACCCCUGCAGGGCCAAAGAGAAGGAGAAGAUGGGGCUCCUGAUCGUCAUCCUCAGCUUCAUCUUCAUGAAGGGCAACGCCGUCAAAGACAGUGCUCUGUGGGAAUUCCUGCGCUGGCUCCGUGUGCACCCAGGGGAGCAACACGAGAUCUUUGGGGACGUCCAGAAACUGGUGACGGACGAGUUUGUGCGGCAGAAGUACCUGAAGAUCACCUCCAUCCCCCUGACGGACCCCCCCCAGUUCAGCUACCAGUGGGGGCCACGGGCGGCCCAGGAGACCUCCAAGGAGGACAUCCUGAACUUUGUGGCCAAGGUGCAGGGGAAGAACCCCAAGUUCUGGACGAGUCAGCACAAUGAGGCCACGGCCCCCCAACCCCCCCCAAAAUAAAGGUGCCCCUUUGGUGUGCAGCCCCCCCCCGCUGUCCAGGCUC